AUUGACUCUGGCUCUCUUGUCUUGCAGACCUGUUGGCCGUUACUGCCUCCAUGGCCACCUCAGUCCUCGGCUCUGUAUCAGAAAUGCUGUUCCUUUGGGAACCUCAGCCAAGGAAGAGAUGGAGAGAUUCUGGAGUAAGAAUGCUGGUUCAAACCGCCCUCUAUCUCCUCAUAUCACUAUCUACAGUUGGUCUCUUCCCAUGGCGAUGUCCAUUGUCCACCGCGGCACUGGUGUUGCCUUGAGUGCAGGGGUCUCUCUUUUUGGCUUGUCGGCCCUGUUGCUCCCUGGGAACUUUGAGUCUCAUCUGGAACUGGUGAAGUCCUUGAGUCUGGGGCCGGUGCUGAUCCAUUCAGCCAAGUUUGCUCUCGCCUUCCCUCUCAUGUAUCACACCUGGAACGGGAUCCGACACUUGAUGUGGGACCUGGGAAAAGGCCUGAAGGUCCCGCAGCUGUACCAGUCCGGGGUGGCUGUCCUGCUCCUCACCGUGCUGUCCUCGGUGGGGCUGGCCGCCAUGUGAAGAGCUCCGCCCCAGCUCCUCCUCCCCCAGAUGAUUAGUUCCCUGAUUUCCUCAGCUCUCGCCUGUUCAGACCUGUGUGCUUGCACUGUCCCUGGAGCUCAGCUGUGAGAAGGGUCCCAGGGUCCCUUGUUUCUAAAGAUGGGGUGUUGCAGCAGCUCCCCCUUCCUGCCCCCGCUUGCUGCCUGCUCAGGGCCUAGGAGCCCUUAUUCUCUCCAUAUUGGGCCUUGAUUUGUGCUGAGGGUCAGCUCUUGGCUCCUCUUCCUGAGACGGUGGAAACAAAGCCAGCUCUGUGGCCUCUCCCAUGCCGACUGGGAGUGGGGCUCUGGGUGCCACUGCCUGUGGGUUGUGGCUUAAAGGACAGUUCUGUUCACUGGUCAGACCCAGGGUCCUUAGCACCCACAUGGUGGGGGGUUAGCCUGUACUGGCCCGAGGGAGAGAGAGAGGGUGAGUUGGCUUUUGAAGCAGGUGCUUUGGGGAGAAGAUAAAUAGAUUUUGAUACAAGAGAAAAAUCCAGAGAAGUAUUGCUGAACCUGUUAAGGGUUAUUUCUUUUCCUUGCAAUUCCAGAAAAACAAGCCUCUAAUUGUCAUGUUUUCUAAUCAACAUUCAUGUGACAUCUUUUUCUGAAAUUGAUUAAAAUACUAAUUUUG